UGUAAAUAUAAGUCAAAAUGGUGUCGUACAGUGUUCUGCCCCAUCUAUUAUAAAAGAGACAGGAUGCUGCGGCCAGUUCCGCGAAGCCAUCCCGCCCGUUCUUCGGACAUUUAGAUCUUGCCUCGCAAGCUGGCGCUGUCACGGUUAUGUCUUCAAGGUCGCCAAAGAAAGCUGGCGUUGUCACGGUUAUGUCUUCAAGGUCGCCAAAGAAGCCACCACUUUUUGACGACGAUGAAUCGAGAAACCAAAGCAUGAACAACGGCAGAGGUGGCGGCUUCUCAUGGCUGAUAGGCUUGGGUUUCGCAUUCCUGACGUUCAACUCAGGCAUGGCGAUCUACCGCUCCGACCGCGACCCCGGAUCAGUGGCGUUCGUGGUGGUGUCCUACCUGGACCUGGUGCUGCUGUUCCUGUGCCUCCGCCUGUUUGAGAUGGCGCCGCCGGACUCGCCCCGGCGGGAGUGGCUCAAGGUCUGCGUCUGGGGACUGACCACGUUGCUAACGGUCAUGUUCUCCCACAAGGUCGCCGCCAUAAUGCCGCCACUGGUGGCUGUGGUGGUGUGGGCGAUGGCCUUCGCUACCAUCGGUGGUGGCUUUUAUGCCUUCUUCGUCCACCGGGACAAGGCUGCCCAGUUGGAGGCAGGGAUCCAGUAAAUCAAAUGUUUCUGCCAUGGGUGUUCUACUAGCCUUCAGAAGAUCCAGUAAGAGCAGUCGUGUAUCUGCAUGCCAAGGACGAAGCCGGAUCCAAACCGAGGGGUGCACGUAUGGUUACUGGCGAAGCCAGAUCCAAAGAGAGAGGUGUACGGUUACUGUUCACAAAAUUACUGUUCAUUUGCUGUUCAAUUACUGUUUAUCGUAUCUAUAUUUAGCGGUAAUUUUAGAUGGGAGGAGUGAUGUGCACCCACUAACUACAACGUUGUUUCGCCCCUAAAUGUCUGGAAAAAGGGUACUGUAUGCAUAUAAAAUGUUU